AGCGCAUUGAACCAUUUUCGAUUUUUCAUUUCAGGAACAUUUACGCGUAAGUCGGAAAACAAAAUACAACUGGCGACUGUUUACACUGACAAUUCGGAUGACGUCAUCAAAAAAUGUUUACUCGCUAAAGAACUAGCCUUGUCUCUGUAAGCCGUGCUAUCAAAGCAUGUGUCACAAUUGUGCAAAACAAAAGAUAAAUAGCGGUAUAAACAACAUAUGCAGCGCAAUGUAAACCUGUGGAGCAGUUCUACUCAUAUUUUGUUUCUUAUUUGGAAUUUGUUUGUGAGAUAAAUAUAUGUAUCAAUUGUUCCUUAAUGUGAAAUAGUUAAAAUGUCGCGAAAGUCUUUUUGUUCUACAUCGGCAUCUUCAAGAUCCGAUCCAAAGAAGCAAACAAGUUUAAUGGCAUUUAUCUCAAAAAAAGACAAAACUGAAGAAAACGAAUGUACUUCUACGAUCAAUAUCAACGGUAUUGGAAAAAAUGUGGAAAAAGCUACACAAUCCAAUCCUGCAACGAAGUCGGAUGAAGAGGCCCUACUGCGCUCACCUAGCAUUUUCAAAACUAAGUUUCCAAAGACUAAACGGUCCAAUACUAUUGAGAUUGUCUCGAGUGAUUCUGACAAUUCACCCGUUAAGCCAAAAGAAAAUUUAGUACGUAAACUGCAAGACAGCGAUUCGAAAAGUGUUGCUACUGAAUCAAAUACUGCUGCUAGUAAUCCUGAUGAGUACGAUCUGCUAGUUUCGAAGUACUGUUUAGAGGCCAACACAGUGUCUAUGAAAUUAGAACUUGAUUUGGAAAACGAUUCAAGCUAUCGCAAGGCAACAAAGAAAUUAGAGGAAAAUUUGGCGAAGGUGAGCCCCUUGAAAAAUCUGUCACAAACAACUUCGCGAAGUAUAGGGAAAUUCGAAUACAAAACUCCUAAGGCCGCAUCUUUGCUCGCUGGUUUGAACGAAACUUUAAAGAAGCCUAUCGAUCUAAAUAUGACACCGGUGAAUGACGGCGACGAUGCAUUUGAGAAUAAAACAAAUAGACCUUCCAGUUCAACCCCCCUCAGUGCGAUAAAUGUGCCUGUGAGGUCAAACACGAUAAUUAGCGGAGUUGAACAACAAAAUAUUAAAACUCAGGAUAAAGCUCCUCUUGCUGGUUCAUCUAAUUUUAUUUUUAGACCUAAACUUAGAGCAGCAUUACGAGACGCUUGUGACGAAAGUCCGGAUACUACCAGUAAGUUAUUCACUGCAAAUAAGAAAUCACAAGAAGAUAGCACAGCUUUUCCAAAAGAAAUAGCACCAUUGCCGAUGAAAGCAAAAGAUGAAAAGAAAUUAUUAAGUACUUCCAAUAGUAGUGGAAAUUUGGAUCGCAUUCUGAGUCCAGCAAAACAGAAACCAUCCGUUCGCUUUGAUCCCGAGCUGAAUGAAUGUAUAGUUGAAGUGCUCAAUAGUCCACGAUUUACGAAAAAGGGACUGUCAAAAACAGAGAUUGAGAGUCAAUGUCAGUACCUGAAAGAAACAAACCAUCUAUUACUCGGAAAGUUUUUUGACAUUAUAUCGCAAAUUCCGGUCGAAUUUUUUGGCUCAAUACCCAAAUUUGAGAUGGCCACAUACAGUAAGCUCAAGUCGUUGAUAGAAAAUGUGCGCGGUAAAAUUAAGGUUAACGAAAAAGCAUUGGACAAUUUUAAUGAUCUGAAGAAACCAUCGAUAGGAUCCCGUAAAAGUCGAAUCGAACCCUUCAAUGAUUCGGUAUUAAAUGACACAGACAAGACACCACUAGUUCUGAAUGCUUCAACCAUGCGUGUCUCGAACAAGCAUCCUGUUCGGGAUUUUGAGAAUGACUUAGCUGGAAUUUCGACUCCUACCACAAACAUUAGCGAUUCGCAGAAAAAAUCAAGCGGAUUCGUUUUCAAGAAACCCCUAGCUGGGACAUUGCAUAGCCUGAAUGAUAGUAAAACCGACGAAAAAAUUGUAGAAACGCAGAAUCCUGUGAAUGAAGAUGAAGAUGAUGAUGACAUCGAAAGUAUUAUGGAUAGUAUCCGCGAAGCAGAGUUAAUCGACAAGGGACGAUCCAACCAACGGAACUUGAGUUCAAUAGAUUUAGUAACACCGCCUGGUUCAUUUCGCCGAACAGAGCCACGCAUAACUUUUAACGCAAACGAAACAUCUCUUCGUAACACACAAUUCAUAGAAAACGUGGAAACCCAAGUGGAUGAUGAUGGAUGGCAGGUUUACGACCCAUCUCAAUUCGAGGAUAACAACCCGCGAGUGUCCAACGAUUUUGUUAGUGUCUCCGACUUUCAGCGAAAAGAACCAAAUAGGGAUGCUGAACUUUGUCGACUUCUGGAUGAUGUGGAUAAUCAGGCGCCAAUUGGCUCGAGCAGUUCGAACACUCAAAACUCGCUAGGAAAUUUCCACUCAGGAGUACGCAACGAUGGACUUUCCGGAGAAUUCGAUGGCAUGAACUACCCGCAUUCUGAACAACUCAAAGUAGUUUUUCGUGAAAUAUUUGGUCUCCGUUCUUUUCGACCCAAUCAGUUGCAAGUGAUAAAUGCUACACUGCUGGGGAAUGAUUGCUUUGUGCUGAUGCCGACAGGGGGCGGAAAAUCACUUUGCUACCAGCUUCCUGCCCUACUGACGGAGGGUGUAACGGUUGUUGUCAGCCCGUUAAAAUCUCUCAUUCUGGACCAGGUCAACAAACUGAACUCGCUUGAUAUUUCUGCCGCACACUUGUCGGGAGAAGUUUCGUAUGCGGAUCAGCAAAAGAUCUAUGUCGAUCUAGAAAGGCCAAAGCCCGUUCUAAAAUUACUAUAUGUUACCCCGGAGAAAAUUUGCUCAUCCGGUCGCUUCCAGAACAUUUUGAGUGGUUUGUACAGGAUGAAACAACUCGCGCGGUUUGUGAUAGAUGAAGCACACUGUGUAUCGGCCUGGGGACACGAUUUUCGACCGGACUACAAGAAACUAUCGGUUUUGCGGGAACAAUUUCCUACCAUCCCUACAAUAGCGCUUACCGCAACUGCAAAUCUUCGGGUGAGAACAGACGUGGUAAAACAGUUGAGAUUGCAGCCUAACACCAGGUGGUUUUUGUGCAGUUUCAACCGGCCAAAUCUGAAAUACAUCAUUCGUCCCAAGCAAGGUGUCGCUACGAAAGCGGAGAUCAUAGAUCUGAUCAAGGGCAAAUUUCCCCGGGCAUCCGGUAUUGUAUAUUGUUUAUCGAAGAAAGAUUGCGAUCAGCUCGCGGGAGAUUUGAAAGGCGCUGGAAUAAAAGCGAAAAGCUACCAUGCUGGAUUGUCUGAUUCCCAGCGAGAAUCGACGCAGAAGGAUUGGAUAACUGAUAAAAUCAAAGUAGUUUGCGCCACGAUCGCAUUUGGUAUGGGCAUAGAUAAACCGGACGUCCGGUACGUCAUUCAUCAUUCGAUGCCCAAGAGUAUUGAAGGCUAUUACCAAGAAGCGGGGCGAGCGGGCCGAGACGGCGAGUUGGCGACAUGUAUACUGUUUUACAACUACUCGGAUAUGCUGCGUUACAGGAAAAUGAUGGAUCGAGACGGUGGUUCCAUCUCUUAUGAAGCCAAACAAGUGCACAUACACAAUCUUUUCCGAAUGGUUAACUACUGUGAAAAUGUGGCAGAUUGUCGACGGUCGCAGCAGUUGAAUUAUUUCGCGGAACAUUUCACACGUGAGCAGUGUUUGACAAAUCGCGCGUCUGCUUGUGAUAAUUGCCUCAUGCAAGGGGAAUACAAAACCGUAGACGUCACGGACGACUGUCUGGCCAUCGCAAAAUGUGUACGGGACCUUUGCUGCGGUAGAAACCGAUUCACACUUUUACACCUGGUGGAUGUAUUCAAAGGAAGCGAACAGAAGAAAAUCCUUGACAAUAAUCACCAUCGAACUCCUUACCAUGGACGGCUUAAGAGUUGGGAAAAGAAUGACAUCCAAAGGCUGAUGCACAAAUUGGUUAUCGAGGAUUAUCUGAAAGAGGAUCUAAUUUUCGCUAACGACAUUCCACAGGCAUAUUUGAAAAUUGGCACAAAAAUAGAAAAACUGAUGAGCCGAGAAGUUCGUAUCAACUUCUCAAUUAAAGAGAAAACCUCAGGAAAAAGAGUUCAACAGAUCGACCUCGAGGGAGAACCAAGACUUGACACCCAAAGUAAUGCACAACUCAAAGAAUUACAGGAACGUUGCUACAAUGAUUUGCUGGAUAUUUGUCGUACACUUGCUGCGGAGAAAAAUGUCACGCUUGCCUCUGUAAUGAAUAUGCAAGCGCUCAAAGCUAUGUCAGAGAGACUUCCGGAAACACAGGCAGAAAUGUUAGCUCUACCCCACGUCACAAAGGCAAACUUCGAAAAGUAUGGCCAACAAUUAUUAGAGAUUACUCAAAAUUAUGCUGCCGAAAAACUUUGUCUCAUGUUAGACGCAGAAGCUGGCGGUAAUAAAGCUGCUAACGAUAGCGCCAGCGAUGCUAGUGAUGAUCAGACGGAUUGGAACCGGCUAGCUCGUGAAGCUGGAACGAGUGGAACUGCUGGAUCUGGAAAACGAAGAAAAAGUUGGGGGUCGGGCGGUCGCGGAGCAAAACGUUUCCGAAGAGGUGCCAAAUCGAAGACAAGGGCACGCACGAAAUCAGCAGUUGGACGAGGUGGUACAACUGCGAAAAGGGAUUCCACAAGAGGUGGUGGUAGUAGUCGUGGUUCACGGUCGAGAACUUCAGGAUUUGGAUUGUUGCCACUCCCGGACAACCGGUAGUAUAGGAUCUUCACUAGUUGUAUUAGACCGUUGUUUUUUUAUACAUCCGCGAAUAAAAAAUGUUUUUUUAUUAAAUUUUCGUUUUCCGUCUAUGAGAUCACAGAUAUCAAACUUCAGCAUCGCAGGGUGGGAAAUAAGUGUUUUACUUUACAUUUUAAUAUUCUUUGAGUUCAAGUUCAUUGAUGAUUGUAUAAUAUUAGGAAAGCUUUCGACCGAUCAUCAGCUUUACUGAUGAUGGCGAGAGCGGAAGAACUCACUCUCGCUUAAACUAUCUACUAAGAUAAGGAAUAGUAGUAGCAGUAGUUUUCUACAGUAAGGCCCAACUCAGAUGACUUAGGGCCCGCACUCAGUUGAUUUAGACCAGUUCCAAUAAAACCCUUGUAACGAUCAGACGUACUUUGUCAACUUCUUGUUUAAUGUUAAUCGUUAAUAAAUCAUUAAUCGCAUCCGUAUUGUUCGUAUCACGUGUUCUUUGUAAUAAGUAUAACCGUAAUCCAGUGACCUUUUGACGUAGGACUACGUCUAACCGGAAGAUAUAGGGGGUGAAAUGGGAAUCUAGGCACUGAACAAGGAGGAAAAAAUGCAAGAUUUGGAACGCUUAUAACUCGAGCAUUUCUCAAUAGAUCGCAAAAGUUUUUGCAUCAAUUGAUAGGAAAUAUAUCUACGCAUCUAUCAUAACGAAUAACAUUUCAUUUUUCUUGAGAUAAAUAAUUUAAUAAUUGUGAAAUAUCAAGCAUUGCCGAAAUGCACUAUGUGCCCAUUUUUGAUUGGUCCAUUUUGUGCUCCUCAAAUCGUACCGACCAAAACGGGCAACCAGAGCAGCAGCGAAACAGAAUGAAGCACGAUUGGAAAGGAAAAAGAAAAAACAGGAAGUGGGUUAUAUCUAUGGUAUAACCGCAAGGGUGACGUAGGACUAUCGUUGAUUUAGAGAUCAUUUGUUUGAAGUUGAAUCUAAAUCCAUUCUGGAUGAAUGAAUAAAUGAAUAUUUGGGGGACUUCGAAAACGAGAG